UGUGGACGUCAUGCGGCCAAACGACACGUCCAUUAACACGUUACAACUCUACCAGUCGGUGUGUGUGUACAACGCAAAAGGCGUUUCUUGUCGACACACCGUCGCCGACAACUACGAAACGGUGCGACAUAGUUUUUGUUUUUGUUGUUUCUUGCCAUCACCGACCUGACGCAGCAAUUAAUUUUUCGACACAAACACCCGACAACUGACAACAGAUUAAACACUUUCACUCGGGCGCGUAGGGCCGAAUGGACGAACGCCAAUGAUUCGAAGACACAUUACUAUAUCCUCAAACAAAUUCAAAUACAACCCAUAACAUGCCCUUAACAUGGCCGAAUUGCAAUCCCAAAAAGAAGCUCGACUUUGAUAAAUAUCUUAAAAAUUCCAGUCAAAAUAAUCAAAUACCUGAUGAUUACCAAACGACUACUGUAAUACAUACAUUAUCCUCUCCAUUUAAAGUUACUAGUGUCAUAAAUAAUGCCACAAGUAGUACACCACAACAAUCAAAUGAUAACACUGAAAUUCUUGGCAAACUAAACCGAAACAUAUUAAACAUAAAAUAUGAUAUGAAAUCUUUGAAUGAAAAAAUCGAUAAGCUGGAAGAUCUAAUUCAUCUGUAUGCACUAAUGAAGAUAACAAUAACCAUGAUCAAGAUUCAUUUCAAUAUAUUAUCAACAACAAUUAACCUUUGAAAAACGAAAAUUCUCUUCAAAGAUAAACUUUUAGACCAAGGGAUUUAGGACUCAAAUGGUUAAUGAACUUAGUCGAUAUGUCCGUAAUACUCUUCCAAGCACCAUAAGAUCAAUAAUGCGUUAUCUUUUCAAAUAUGGUUUGUUACAAACAUACAGCUAUAAAGGGCAAAAGAAGAAGAAAAUAUUUUCAACAUUAAC